AGCUAAACGCGGACCAUUAAAAGCUGAAAAAUAAUGAGAAUUCAUCUGGCCAUAAUAACGAGGAAGCUGCAGCGGUAGCAGCAGAAAUGAAUCCCCUCAAUGGCAGAAGUGCUCGGAGAUUGAAUGGAAGUCGCAUGGCCAUCAGGCGAAAGGCAGCUGGCUAGACCGGAGAAGCCAAAGAUAUUCGCAGAGCCGAAGCCUUUGACUUUCAAACCGUCACGUCGCGCAACGUCUACGCCGCAGGGUAACCAGACCAUGAACUGCUACGUGGUCAGAAUCGAGGAGGGUUUUCAGUCUUGGGUGCUACGGCAGUUCAGCUUCAGUAUGGCUUCAGCGACAAGAGCGGCGACAUCAGGAGCGACAUCAGUAGCAACGCAGAUUCCACAGAGCGACGACGGAGAGAGAGAUAACGAUGACCAUUGUGCGAUGCAAGCAAAUCAGGACAUCAACGAGUCUCUCCAAAGAUCGACUCCUCUUCAUCCUGUUCCGGUGGAGAUGGAUCUGCAACACACGAGACGUACAACUCCUUUUUUUGCAGGGGUCGCAUAUCUUCCAACGUCGGAGAUGCCGUCGCCGCAGUUAUGACCCCCUGGACUUCCCC